CAGGCAGCCUAGAGAAUUUGGAGAUCGUGACUCAACCUCGUCGUCAGUCUUCAGAAUUAUAUCUAGAGCAUUGCAGAGGCCCAAUCCGGCUUUGAUGGAGGACGUCGUGGUGGUUACACACGACAAUGCAGGCAUUGAAAUGCAGGAUAACUGCAAGUCCUUGUAGGAGAAGCAGUUUUUAGAAGGAAUAAGCUGAAUCAAGCACACCUAUAGACGCUCAUGCUUAAGCUUGAUCUGCAAAUCUUGAGCUCCCUUGGUCAGCAAACAUGUCGACGUGGUUGCGCUCUGCCUUCAACAGGGCAGCGGAAGUGAGCACCAAGACGGGGCUGGGGAGGAAUCUCCAGAACCUUCAGAAGGUGGCGGGAAUUGCGAUGGAUAGAGGGGCCCGGUUCAUGCAGAACAAUCUGAGUGGGAAACCCUACAGCAACUUCAAGUCCGCUGUAAGGCGGCUGGAGGACGUUGCACUCCACGCUAGAGGCGAGGAGCGCCUACAGGCAGUAACAAGGUGGCUAGGGGCAUUGCGCGACCUUCAGAAAGUUGCAGAGACUGGAGGAGGUCUCAGAGAUCUGCACAGAGAGCCAGCGGGAGGGGAGGCCCCGGACUCCCCAAAAACCCCCAAGAGCGAAACAGAAGAGGGUGUCCAUCGCUCCAACUUGGUACUCUUUUUCGAUGCGGAUAUCAGUGAUGCCCCUAUGACCUUCAGAGACGUGUUCUUGAGGAGCCUGGCAUUGGAGAAUCUCGUGACAUCCUUUAUUGAAGAGGCCCCCCAGGAUGAAGAGGUGCAGGCGGUUUUGGAAAUAUUCAGCCUUUGUCUUGCUGGCGGACCAGAAUUACACAAUGCUAUCAUGAGCGGCAUCCAGGACCUUUCCAAGGCCGCAGCGUCAUACACUGAGGAGGUCCUCGUCACCCGCUCUGACCUUCUGAAGAUGGCUCGCGAGUGUGUGUCAGGCCUCAAGUUGAGUGCCGAGGCGGAAAAGUUGGAUGCCGAGGUCGCCAAACUGCGAACCAGAAUCCAGUCGUUGGAUGGGAGUGGCGGAGCCACUGGCUCUGACGAUCCGCAAGGAAGCCUUCAAGAGUUUAAUAAGGCGCACUCGAAGUCAAGCGAGCUUUAUCGUUUGACGGCCAAGCUGCAGGACUGCCUGGAGAGAAAGGCGACACUCGAUGCAGCCGGGCCUGUCAGCGAGCUGCACGAUAAGAAAGUCGAGGAGAUGCGCAGCCGUACGAUGGCCCUCCAGUCCGCCAUUGCGGCCAUGAAGAAGAAGAUUGAGGAGAACAAGCAGCAGAAGACAGAGGCCGUGACGUACCGGGGCACCAAAGCCAAGGAGGUUGCGGAGGCGGAGAAAGUGCUGAGCCAGGAGGUGAUGGGCCUGGAGCAGCGGCGUGAGAAGCUGGAGGCAGAGCUGGCGGAGGUCAAGUCCGCGCUGGCGGUGGCCACGAACCGGCACAUCAACAUGCAAGAGGAGAAAGAGCAGUUUGACGAGGCCAGCAGUCAUCUGGUCGCUCAGCUCGCCCUGGCAGAACAAGAGCUUAGCCGUUCCGUCGAGGUGCACAAGACGGAGGCCGGGGUGGUCGCCACGUGGCAGUCGUUCCUGGAGGACACGUGGGUGCUGCAGACGGGCUGCCACGAGAAGCGGGAGAAGGAGGUGGUCCAAGAGUUGAAGGAGGCCCGGGCGCAGCACCUGACGGCCGCAGCGAGCUUCCUGAAGGAAAAGGAAGAAGAGUUGGGCGCUCUCUUGAAGAAGCUGGAGAGCUGCGCAGCUGAGCUGGAGGCAAGCGAUGAGAAGAAGAAGCAGAUGGCGAGCCGGGGAAUGGAGGGCAUCUCGGCGGACAUCGAGAGCGGCAGGAGGAAAUUGGAGGACAAGUAUCUGGACACUGAGGCUCGCGUAAAGAAGCUGUUGGCGGGCCUGGAGAAGGUGAAGGACAAUGUGGGAGCCCAGGUCAAAAUGGCAGAAGAAGCGAAGCAGCAGCAGGACGUUCUCAAGAGCGUUGCUGCAUCGUUCGCUUCCGUCGCCUCACUUCGGGAGCAGUUUCAGGGCCUCAAGCGGCCCCACAUCGACCUCUCGCUCCGGCAGCCGGCGCCUGUGACUGGGGCCGGAAAGCCGGUUUCGGCCAAGACGAAAAGCGGCGAACUUGGCGCUUCUCCAGCGGAACCGGAAGGGACGAGGCCAAAGGCCGGGUCAGCGGUACAAGCGAAGGCUGAGAGCGUAAAGGCUGCGGGCGAGGUAGGAGCGGAAGCUGGCGACUCUAACACGGUCCCAUCGAAAGUGGUGACUCCGAAGGCUGAAGCCGGGGAGACAGCUGCACCUUCAACGUCUAAGAAUGUAGAUAAGAAAGACGCAGAAGAGGGUAAGAUGGACGCGCAGAAAGGUUUGAAGCAGACUGAGGCGGACGAAGUGGACGACCUUUUUGGCGACCUUGACACGACCACAAGUGCCGAUCCAGGAGCGACGGACGAGGACAUCGAGGGCUGGGAUUUGGACGAUUAGCUAGCGAAGAGCUGUCGGUUUCUUUUAAGUGGACACUUUGUAUGUUGAAGUAGCUAGGAGCUCGAUCGCGUCUUUGCAAGUUCAAAAACUGGCUGGCUGCCUGUGUCUUGUGGCAGCUGUUGUACAUCUAUAAUUUCAAAAGAUUAACCUGAUCUCCCGUCUAGGCAUUUGAAGCAAUAAUGUCAACCAAUCAGGAGAUCCUGCCUGAAUACAUGAUCAAGUAAACCCG